AUGAGUCAAUCUUCAGCUCACGCUAGCUAUGGUGUGGGCCUGCCCUUGAGUCGCCUCUAUGCACAGUAUUUGGGUGGCUCGCUGAAUUUGAUGUCAAUGCCUGGGGAAGGCACGACGGCCUUUCUCCAUCUGAAGCGCCCCUUGGAUGCGCAAAUUCACGGCGUUUGCAACGAGAUGCCCGUGAGCAGCUUCCCCUUUGGCAUGGCGAGAAAUGUCAGAUUGGAGAUGGGAUCCGCAGCCUAUGACAGUAGACGACGUGCCCAGCACUUCCACCCCGACUGCAUCGACUGCGUCGAGUGCAUCGACGGCAGCCGUGACAAUGUGAUCCCGCACAGCCACGGGACCCGUGCAACGCACAAAACCCUAGCGCGACUGAUGCCCUGUGGCGUCAAAACAAGUCAAGCCUGGCAGCGCGGAUCUGGAGCGUUGGUCGAAAAAAUUGGCAACAUCCAUCACUACUCCAAUGGCUUGGGGCAUUUGAUUCCGACCGGCUGGAGCACCGAUGGCUCCGGUGGUGUCUUCAGGUCCAUCCUGCGUGCCGCACGCACUGAGACGCCUUGGCGGAGGUUAUUGCUUGAGCACUGUGGUCUAAAGGAGACCACCAGUGCCCGAGUUCGAUUGUGGUGGUUUUACAGCCGCAAGGAUGACGAGAAGAAGCACAGCUUUCGGGAGCUGGAUCGAGAGACGAUCGGAGAAGAGCUGCCGGGUCACGUGCGAGUGGUAUCCAAAGUGAUUCCAGUCGAUGCAGAUGGAAAAGUGGCCAGAGGGAAUGAGAAGACCAGCGGUGAAAAGCUGGCAGAGCAGAUCUUUCAGGCCGCCUCAGAUCCAUCCUUUAAGCCUCAAGUGGAUGUGACCUGUGCAGAGGUAUCAGCUGGCUGUGCUGGGCAGCUGUCGCAAUUCUUCUGGGACUCCAAUCUUCUGAGUCCUCCUGAAGGACCUCAGUCUUCAGAGGUGGUUGAUAUCAUUGUGGCGCCCAACGUCUUCAUCUCCUGGCGAAAGGCGUCCCCCGAGGGGCGAGCCGUUGCGCGAAUGAGGGAGAUUGACUUGGUGCAGAGAAAUGGGAUUGGGAUGUCUACCAUGGAUGUGGUCAUGGUGGCCGAUGAAGCUUCGGCGGCUCCAGCGCUGCUGCCGUGGGUGGAGAAGUAUCGCCCCUCAUCACUGGACCAGCUCGUUGCACAUGAGGACAUCAUUCGAAUGAUCGAGCGGAUGAUGAAGAAGCAGACCUUGCCGCACAUGUUGCUGCACGGACCACCCGGUACAGGCAAGACCUCGACGAUCAUUGCGCUGGCCAAGACGAUGUACAAACAGCGCUACAAAUCCAUGACCUUAGAGAUGAAUGCAUCCGAUGCGCGUGGCAUUGAUGUUGUCCGUGAGCAAAUCAAGACCUUCGUCAGUGUGAAGCAGCUCUUUGCUUCGGUAGAGGGUCAACCAAAGCUUGUGAUUUUGGACGAGGCGGACAACAUGACGAGUGCUGCCCAGUUUGCGCUGCGUCGGAUGAUUGAGCAGUACGCCUCCAAUUGUCGAUUUAUUCUCAUUUGCAACUACAGCAGCAAAAUCAUUCCGGCCCUGCAGUCGCGGUGUACGAAGUUGCGCUUUGCUCCCUUGAGUGAAGAGCAGAUCUUGGGGAGGCUUCAUCACAUCGCUGACUGCGAAAAGAUUCAUUUGAGCCAGGAUGGCGCCAAAGCAAUCGUGAAAGUUGGUGGUGGUGACAUGAGAAAAGUCAUCAACAUCUUCCAGACUACGUCGAUGGGUCACAAGGGCCAUGUGGAUGCCAAAGCGGUCUAUGCUUCGACGGGGGUGCCAUCUCCAGAGGAGAUCACACACUUCCUGAAGACCUUGCUGAAUGGAUCAGUGUCCUUUGCAGCCAGCCUCAAGUCGUUGAAGGCCAUGCUCAAUGCCAAGGGCUAUGCAUUGGACGAUUUUUUGCAGCUGAUGCACAAGGAGUUGAUCCAGCAGGAUCUGCCGGUGCGACAGCGGCUGCAUUUGACGGUGCAGCUGGCAGAUGUGGAUUGGCGCUUGAAGCAGGGCUGUGGGGAUUCCAUUCAGUUGGGUGCCAUCAUUGGCAUCUUCCAAGAAGCGAGGGCAUUGGGAGGAGAAGAGAUGAGGACUUUUCUGGAAGCAUGCGAGGAUCCGGUGUACACCACCGGGGAUCAAAGCCUGGCUGAAGCCAUGUGGAUGGGCAAGGUGCCAUGUGUGAAGCCUGACGCCAAAGUUCAGCAGUGGCAUUUGGCGCUAACCGCCAAGAUCCAGGGUGUUAUGGAGAAAGUGCCGGAUUUGGGUGCCGAACUUCGAAAGCUGGUGACCGAUGAGAAAGCCCAGCAGGUGGCGGUGCGUCGCUCAAAAGAACACAGCGAAGCGUGUGAACGGCAGAUCAUCGCUCAGCUUGGUUGUCCACCAAGUCAAUGGAACUCCAUACAGCAGGUGCUUGCUCGUUCCGGAAUGCUUGGAUGA